GCAAAGCCGUCAGCUGCAGUCGGCGGUUAGCGGCCCGGCAGCCCUGGCACGGCGCUUGUGCCCGCAGCGGGCUCUCCUGUCUUCUCGUUCCCUCCGCUGCUCACCUCAAGCCUGUUCUGCUGACCUUGACUGGAUCAGACCCUCAGUCCGAUGAAGCCUCCUGCCUAAUACCUAACCCAUGGACUUGAAACUUAUCUGAACUUGGAACUUGCUUCAGUACUAUAACUGUCCCCUAAGUGAAAUUUUGGAUGAAGCCAUCAAAAGUGCCAUCAUGAGCAGAAGCAAACGGGACAGCAAUUUUUAUAGUGUAGAGAUUGGUGAUUCUACAUUUACAGUUCUGAAACGAUAUCAGAAUUUAAAACCUAUAGGAUCUGGAGCUCAAGGAAUUGUCUGUGCAGCUUAUGAUGCCAUUCUUGAAAGAAAUGUUGCCAUCAAGAAGCUAAGCCGGCCAUUUCAGAAUCAAACUCAUGCUAAGCGUGCUUACAGAGAACUAGUCCUUAUGAAAUGCGUUAAUCACAAAAACAUAAUUGGCCUUUUGAAUGUGUUCACACCACAGAAAUCCCUCGAUGAAUUCCAAGAUGUUUACAUAGUCAUGGAGCUCAUGGAUGCAAAUCUUUGCCAAGUGAUUCAGAUGGAACUAGAUCAUGAAAGAAUGUCCUACCUUCUCUAUCAGAUGCUAUGUGGAAUCAAGCACCUGCACUCGGCUGGAAUUAUUCAUCGGGACUUAAAACCUAGUAAUAUAGUAGUAAAAUCAGACUGCACCUUGAAGAUUCUUGACUUUGGAUUGGCCAGAACGGCUGGAACCAGUUUCAUGAUGACACCUUAUGUAGUCACUCGAUACUACAGAGCCCCUGAGGUCAUCCUGGGGAUGGGCUACAAAGAAAACGUGGAUUUAUGGUCUGUGGGGUGCAUUAUGGGAGAAAUGGUUUGCCACAAAAUCCUCUUUCCAGGAAGGGACUGUAUCCUUAUGCUGCUGCAGCAGUUUAUUGACAUUUGGUCAGUUGGGUGCAUCAUGGGAGAAAUGAUCAAAGGUGGUGUUUUGUUCCCAGGUACAGAUCAUAUUGAUCAAUGGAAUAAAGUCAUUGAACAGCUUGGAACACCAUGUCCUGAAUUCAUGAAGAAACUUCAACCAACAGUAAGGACUUAUGUUGAAAACAGACCUAAGUAUGCCGGAUAUAGCUUUGAGAAGCUCUUCCCCGAUGUGCUUUUCCCAGCUGAUUCUGAACACAACAAACUCAAAGCCAGUCAGGCAAGAGAUUUGUUAUCCAAAAUGCUGGUAAUAGAUGCAUCUAAAAGGAUCUCUGUAGAUGAAGCUCUCCAGCACCCAUACAUCAAUGUGUGGUAUGACCCUUCUGAAGCAGAAGCUCCACCACCAAAGAUCCCUGACAAGCAAUUAGAUGAAAGAGAACACACAAUAGAAGAGUGGAAAGAAUUGAUAUACAAGGAAGUUUUGGACUUGGAGGAGAGAACCAAGAAUGGAGUAGUACGGGGUCAGCCCUCUCCUUUAGGUGCAGCAGUGAUCAGUGGCUCUCAGCACCCAUCAUCGUCGUCGUCUGUCAAUGAUGUGUCUUCAGUGUCAACAGAUGCAACGUUGGCCUCUGAUACAGAUAGCAGCCUAGAAGCAUCAUCUGGACCUCUGGGCUGUUGUAGAUGACUACUUGGAUUAGAGGGUGGAGUGGGAGGGUAGGGAGUCGUUUAGGUGUUGAUAGAACUACUUUGAAAACAAUUCAGUGGUCUUAUUUUUUAGCGAUUUUUUUAAAAUGUAGAAUUCAUUUUGUAGUAAUUUUUUUAAUUUCAAGUGCUGUAAUUUAAAUUUUAAAUAGUGUUUAAAAAACAGCAACAAAACUAUUGUACAUUUUUUGCUGUAAUUAACUGUAUAAUAUAAACUUAAUUAUCGUGGUUUAAAUUUUUUGCAUAUUUGUUUAUCUUAUGCUGCUGUUUUGUGUUUGUUUUUUUACUGAAUUUGUAAGAUUUUGUUUAUGAAAGCAAUUAUUAUGUGGUGACUUGCAUAUAUCAUGAAUUAUUUAAGAUUUUUAUAGUUUUUUAAAUUAGGAUUUAUUUUAGAUGUUUUGUUCAUGAUGCUAUCCUUCAGGGUUAUGUGCUUAUCAGUAAAAUAACCACUGAAGAGUGAGGGAAAAUAACUUGUAGCCAGUUAGUUAUAUUCAGGAAUAACUACUGUAAAUGAUGAACAUUGUAAGAAACCUCCAAUAAUUGCUACUUGCCAAUCCUAUUUACAAUUGGUCGACUUCUACAUGAAUGCUGGCAAAAUUGCCAUCAUCAUAUGCCAGAAUAGCUCAGAGUUUUUCUUUGAAGAUGUUGGGCAUCUGCCACUACGCUCCUAUCUCUCCCACCCCCACCCCACAAAAGUAACGACCAUGGUGUAUUCUGCUAAUUUGUGGCAUGCUCAAGGCUUAUGAUCAUCUAAAGUCAAGAGGAUACUUCAUGAAUAAGACAUUUCAAUGCAAAUAAACAGAAUGGUUCACUUCUCCUA